AUGAGUGCAGCGUCAAACAUUCAUUUACGAACCGAUUCGGCUCGUGGUUUUCAUGCUAAUCCGGCAUUUGAAGAUACAGAGCCGUCAACCACUGCACCAAGCCCAAUGGGUUCAAAUAUUUUUAUAGUAAAAUCGGAUGAUGAAAAUCAACCCCGUCAUGAACAAGUAAAAACAAAAAACAAUAUUGGUCGUACAGUUUUACGUGGUGUUCGAUCGAUGUGGGCAACACGACAAACAGAGAAAGAUUUAUCAGACAAUAAAGAUCUCUAUGUUAAGACGACAUUACGUGAGCUUGUUGUCUAUCUCGUUUUCAUUACCAUUUUAUGCAUAAUUACAUUUGGUAUGACAAGUGCGAAAAUGUAUUAUUUUACAACUGUUUUGACCAAUCUGUUUAUAACCACAAAAGUUGAUGGUGUUGGAGACCAACCAGCAUUUCAAGAUAUUGGAAAUUUUCAAGAUUUUUUUGAUGUUAUGGGAGGUCCUAUUGUAAAAGGUUUAUAUAAUGAAAAAUGGUACAAUGACGAUAACAUCACAAAUACUCAAUACGGCUAUGUUUUAUAUGAAAACAAACUUCUUGGUCGUCCAAGGCUACGUCAAUUGAGGGUUACAAAUCAUUCCUGUAAAGUUCAUAAAAAAUUUAUCGCUGUCGUUCCUGACUGUUAUGCUGCAUAUAGUCGUCGUAAAGAAGAUAAAAGUUCUUAUGGACCGGAUAAUGAUAUAAUUGCAAAAACAGCAUGGCAGUAUCAAUCAUCAGCAGCACUAAAAGGUUCAUCUGUAUCAGGUCAAAUCUCGAGUUAUUCAGGAGGUGGUUAUGUUCAAAAUUUGGGAGAGAACUACGCUGAAUCAAAGGAAAUAUUAGAUGAUUUACAACAAAAUUUAUGGUUGGAUCGUGGUACUCGAGCGGUUUUCCUUGAUUUUACUGUUUAUAAUGCCAACAUCAAUUUAUUUUGUCAAAUACGCAUGAUAGUCGAAUUUCCAGCAACAGGUGGUGCUAUACCAUCACAAGCAUUCAAUACUGUUAAACUAAUUCGAUAUGUUUCGUCCAAGGAUUAUUUCGUUUUGGCAUGCGAAGUUUUGUUUGUACUAUUUACGCUGUAUUAUACAAUUGAAGAAGUGAUUGAGAUAUCACAAAUUCGUAUACAAUAUUUUAAAACAAUUUGGAAUAUUCUUGAUGUUGUCAUUAUUCUUAUUUCAUAUAUUUGUGUAUUAUUUAAUUGCUAUCGACAAAUUAAAGUUGGACAAAUACUGGAUGCUCUAUUACAAAAUCAAGAUAGUUUUGCUGAUUUUGAAUUUUUAACCUAUUGGCAGGUACAAUUUAAUAAUAUUAUUGCAUUUGCUGUCUUUCUUGCAUGGAUUAAAAUCUUCAAAUAUGUCAGUUUUAAUAAAACAAUGACACAAUUGACUGCAACAUUAUCAAGAAGUGCAAAAGAUAUACUUGGUUUUGCUGUCAUGUUUUUCAUUGUAUUUCUGGCUUAUGCACAAUUUGGUUACCUUCUAUUUGGUACGAUGCUUCCAGAUUAUCGAACAUUUGCCAUUUCAAUAUUUAGUUUAUUUCGUAUUGUUCUCGGCGAUUUUGAUUUUAAUGCAAUGUUAGGAGCACAUCGUAUAUUGGGUCCCGUAUUUUUCUUAACAUAUGUAUUUUUUGUAUUCUUUGUUUUACUGAAUAUGUUUUUGGCUAUAAUUAAUGAUACAUAUUCGGAAGUAAAAGCAGAUAUUUCUACACAAAAAUCUGAAAUUGAACUUGGUGAUUAUUUUAAAAAAAGUUAUGAAAAAGUGUUGGAUAAAAUGAAUAUUAAACGAGAUCGUAUCAUUGAUAUACAAAGUGCAUUAAAAAAUGCUGAUAUGAACAAAGAUGGUGUCAUUGAAUUUAGUGAAUGGCGACGAGACUUAAAAGCACGUGGAUAUACGGAUGCUGAAAUUGAAAAUGUCUUUUCGAAAUAUGAUACGGAUGGUGAUCGACAAUUGAAAGAUUCUGAACAACAACAACUUGAAGCCGAUUUACUUGCAGAAGAAAGUAAUUUAAAUAAAGAAAUAAAAGGUUUACGAGUUUCACAAGCAACUGGAUAUCAUGAUGAUAAUGAUAAAAGUGUGGGUAAUCGUAUAUCCUAUGAAGAAUUUGCUGUUUUACUUCGUCGUGUUGAUCGUAUGGAAUAUUCAAUUGGAAGUAUUGUCUCCAAAAUUGAUGGUGUUCUAACAAAACUUGAAACAUCAGAAAAAGAUAAAAUGAAACGACGUGAAGCAAUGACAAAAAUAUUGGAUAGUAUUAGCAAUGAUAAUCGUAUAAGCAAUGAUAAAAAACAUGAACGAUUAGAAAAAAUGCUUCGUGAUGAAUUAGAAGCAUGGGAUAGAAGUGAACGGCAAGUACAAACAUCGUCAAAUGUAUUGCAACAAAGUGGUACACCGGGAACACCAAGAGCCGGUGACGCAGCUCCUCCUCGCCGUUUGAGUCCAUUAGAUCUUGAACGACCUCGUCCAAUAAGUGGACUAAAUGUUAAUUAA